AUGUCCCAAGCUCCUCAAGUUCAAGCUGGUGGAUUAGCCUCAUUGGUUAACAAUGGUCCUGUCUCCAUUCUAUGUUAUUGUAUUUCAUCCAUCUUGAUGACUGUUACAAAUAAAUAUGUUGUUAAUGGAUUCCAAUUUAAUAUGAAUUUUGUUUUAUUAUUAGUUCAAUCAUUAGUUUGUGUUGUUGCUAUUGCAAUUUUGAAAACAUUUGGUAUUAUCAAUUAUAGACCUUUAAACAAGACAGAUGCUAAAAAUUGGGCACCAAUUUCAAUUUUAUUAGUUGUUAUGAUUUAUACAUCAUCAAAAGCUUUACAAUUUUUAACAAUUCCAGUUUAUACAAUUUUUAAAAAUUUAACAAUUAUCUUGAUUGCAUAUGGUGAAGUUUUAUUCUUUGGUGGCCAAGUUACCUCGAUGGCUUUAGGUUCAUUUAUUUUGAUGGUUCUUUCAUCAGUUAUUGCAUGUUUUGGUGAUCAAAAGGAUAAUACAUCAUUUGCUCUAAGUAUUGGAUAUUUUUGGAUGGCUUUAAAUUGUUUUUCAUCAGCUUCAUUUGUUUUAGUGAUGAGAAAAAGAAUUAAAUUGACAAAUUUUAAAGAUUUUGAUACAAUGUAUUAUAAUAAUGUUUUAUCAAUUCCAAUUUUAUUAUUAUCUUCAUUCAUUUUAGAAGAUUGGUCCCCAGCAAAUUUGAAUGCAAAUUUUAAUAAACCUUCAAUUAUUGCCAUGAUUGUUUCAGGUUUAGCAUCUGUGGGGAUUUCAUAUUGUUCAGGUUGGUGUGUUAGAGUUACAUCAUCAACUACUUAUUCCAUGGUUGGUGCGUUAAAUAAAUUACCAAUUGCAUUAUCAGGAUUGAUUUUCUUUGAUGCUGCAGUUAAUUUCUUAUCUAUUAGUUCAAUUUUCAUUGGAUUUUUAGCUGGUAUUGUUUAUGCAGUUGCUAAACAACAACAAAAGAAAUAG